AUGGAAGCUAUUGAUGGAAUCGGCUCCGGGGUUCAUCCGGCUCCAGUCCAAGCUAGCUCAUCAUUUGGGACUCUUGGGAGCCACUUGGCUCGGCGGUUAGUCCAGAUAGGCGUGAAGGACGUGUUCUCAGUUCCAGGCGACUUCAACUUGACCUUGCUCGACUACCUCAUAGCGGAGCCGGGACUCAAUUUGAUCGGCUGUUGCAACGAGCUGAACGCCGGGUAUGCAGCUGACGGCUACGCACGUGCGAAAGGGGUUGGGGCUUGUGCAGUGACCUUCACCGUCGGCGGGCUCAGCGUUCUUAACGCGAUCGCCGGAGCCUACAGUGAGAAUUUGCCGGUGAUUUGCAUUGUCGGAGGCCCCAAUUCGAAUGACUAUGGAACCAAUCGGAUUUUGCAUCAUACUAUUGGGCUGCCUGAUUUUACUCAGGAGCUCCAGUGUUUCCAAACAAUCACCUGUGCUCAGGCAGUUGUUAACAACUUGGACGACGCCCAUGAGUUGAUCGACACUGCAAUUUCAACUGCUCUGAAGGAAAGUAAGCCAGUUUAUAUAAGCAUAAGCUGUAAUUUGCCUGGACUUAAUCACCCAACUUUUGCUCGAGAACCUGUCCCAUUCUAUCUUGCACCAAAGGUCAGUAAUCAACUUGGUUUAGAAGCAGCAGUUGAAGCAACGGCUGAGUUUCUGAACAAAGCCGUGAAACCAGUCAUUGUAGGUGGGCCAAAAUUAAGGGUGGCAAAGGCACGACAGGCUUUUAUUGACCUUGCGGAUGCAUGUGGCUAUCCAAUAGCUAUUAUGCCAUCGGCCAAGGGACUUGUGCCCGAACACCAUCCACAUUUUAUUGGAACCUACUGGGGUGCAGUCAGUAGCAGCUUCUGUGGGGAGAUAGUCGAAUCUGCUGAUGCAUACAUCUUUGUUGGCCCCAUCUUCAAUGAUUACAGCUCGGUUGGAUACUCUCUCUUAAUAAAAAAAGAGAAAACGAUCAUUGUACAGCCAAACCGUGUGACAAUUGGUAAUGGCCCUUCCCUUGGUUGGGUUUUUAUGGCAGAUUUUCUGACUGAAUUGGCGAAAAAGUUGAAGAAGAACAACACUGCUGUGGAGAAUUACCGUCGGAUAUAUGUUCCUCCUGGUAUUGCUUUAACUCGUGAGAAGGAUGAACCACUUCGAGUGAACAUUCUCUUCAAGCACAUCCAGGAAAUGCUGAGUGGAAACACCGCAGUAAUUGCAGAGACAGGAGAUUCAUGGUUCAAUUGUCAAAAGCUUCGUCUCCCUGAGAAUUGCGGGUAUGAAUUCCAGAUGCAGUAUGGAUCCAUUGGGUGGUCAGUGGGUGCAACUCUUGGUUAUGCUCAGGCUGCAAAAGAUAAGCGCGUAAUAGCCUGCAUUGGUGACGGAAGUUUCCAGGUUACUGCUCAGGAUAUUUCGACCAUGAUAAGAUGUGGACAUCCAACCAUUAUAUUUCUCAUCAAUAAUGGAGGAUAUACAAUUGAAGUAGAGAUUCAUGAUGGUCCAUACAAUGUAAUCAAGAAUUGGAACUACACUGGCCUAGUGGAUGCCAUCCAUAAUGGUGAAGGCAAAUGCUGGACAACCAAGGUAAAAACAGAGGAUGAACUGGUAGAAGCAAUAGCAACGGCUACAGGUAAAUAUAAGGAUUCGUUGUGUUUCAUCGAAGUUUUUGCGCACAAAGACGAUACUAGCAAAGAAUUACUGGAAUGGGGAUCACGUGUUUCUUCUGCAAAUAGUCGACCUCCUAAUCCUCAAUAG